AUGCCUGCCGAACUGUACGGGGUCAAAGCUGUCGAUGUGCACGCCAAAAUCAAGCUGCUCAUCGACGGCCUGGUCAAUAUCACCGACACAACCGGCGAGUUUUUGAUGACCCUCGAGGAUGGCCGUGUUAUCGACACAAAGGGCUGGAAUGAUUGGGAAUGGACACAUGGUAUCGGCCUGCUCGGCCUGUGGCAGUACUAUGAGCUCACUGGCGAAGCGGAAUACCUUGCCAUCAUCGAGAACUGGUUUCGCGACCGCUUUGCCGCCGGCGGCACCACUAAGAACAUCAACACCAUGGCCGUGUUCCUGACACUCGCAUACGUCUAUGAGCGCACACAGAACGAGACCUACCGGCCGUGGCUCGAUUCGUGGGCCGAAUGGGCGUACCACGACUUGCCGCGCACACGUUACCGCGGCUUCCAGCACAUUACUUACCUCGAAGUCAACAAGGACCAGCUGUGGGACGACACGCUGAUGAUGACCGUGUUGCCGCUGGCCAAGAUCGGCCGUGUGCUGGGCCGGCCGCACUAUGUCGCCGAGGCACAGCGGCAGUUUUUGCUUCACGUGCAGUAUCUGUGUGAUCGGCCGACCGGGCUCUUCUUCCAUGGCUGGGAGUUCACGCAAGAUCAAAAAGGUAGUUCCAGUUCAACUACCGGCCACAAUUUCGCCAAUGCGCGCUGGGCGCGCGGGAACAGUUGGGUCACCAUGGUGAUCCCCGAGUUCCUGGAGCUGCUCGAGCCCGACGCCAACAGCGCCAAUGCUGAUGCCAUUGGUCUCUUCUUGCGUGACGUCCUUGACGCCCAGUGCAAUGCCCUGACAAAGCUGCAGGACCCCUCGGGCCUAUGGCGCACGCUGCUUGACGUGUCAGUCGAGGAGGGCUCCUAUCUCGAGGCCAGCGCGACGGCCGGGUUUGCCUACGGCAUGCUAAAGGCGCGGAGGAAGCGGUAUUGGACCGGCAACACCGAGUCUGCCAUCUCUGCCGUCAAGGCCGUUCUCGAUAAUGUCGACGAGCGCGGCGAGCUGCUAAACACCUCCUUUGGCACUGGCAUGGGUCACGACCUGCAGCACUACAAGGACAUUCCUGUCACGAGUAUGCCGUACGGCCAGGCAAUGGCAAUCAUGGCCCUUGUCGAGUUUCUGCGGGAGUUCAUGUAG